ACAUGGGAUGGUCCAAAGACGAGCUCCACCCAUGGAGAUCAAGUUACCAGAGAUAGAGAAAGAGAGAGAGAGCGAGAGAGGGAGUGAGAGAGGGAGUGAGAGAAAAGAGGGAGGGAGGGUAGGAGAGAGAGAGAGAGAGCUCCGCCUUCGUACAAAAUUUUCAUUUUACCAAAGUCUGCUCUGUGCUACUAGAGUUACAGACUUUCUAUUAGUCAAAUCGUUUCGUUUGACUUUAUCGGUCGUAUAACUUACACGUAGAGAUUGAUAUUUGUAAGAUUUUCAACGGUGAAUAUAAAAGGAAACAAAAGAAAAAUUUUUAUAAUAGAUGAAUCAUACGAUCGGAGAAGAGUGUUGUUAAAGUACGUUUCAAUAUUUUCGUUUAUUUCGAUAUUAUCCUCAUAAGGUCAAUCGGUUCAACAUGCCGAUGUUGACAUACAAUGGAUGUAACGGUGUAACAACGGAAACGGACAAUGGUUCUCCUGCUGAAUCAUUUUUAUCAGCUGAAGGAGAACUUGCCGAAGAGCCGGGGGAUUCGCCGGGUACUCCGAGAGAUACCGAGGAAGAGGCAACCCUUUCCGAUGAAUUUUAUUCCCACGACACCGACGAGGAAGAAGAACAGGGAAGACGUAGGAGAGACCGUGCGAAUUCCCUAGACGGCAUUUCAUCUUCCGGUAACGGUCAAUUAGGCUCGCCCACACUUCGGAUAGGCAACGUUGGUGUUAGGAAAUUAUUUACGAACAGUCGUGAACGAUGGAGACAACAGAAUGUCAGCGGAGCUUUCGCUGAACUUCGAAAGCUUGUUCCUACUCAUCCUCCGGAUAAAAAGUUGUCGAAGAAUGAGAUUUUAAGAAUGGCUAUACGAUACAUAAGAUUGCUAAGUAACGUUCUUGAGUGGCAGAAUGCUCAAGAUCGAAACGGACUGGUCCAUAUGCAAGAUGGUGUCAGAGUAAAAUGUGAGGGACACUUUAACAACAACAACAACAACAACAACAACAACAACAACAACAACAACAACAACAACAACAACAACAACAACAACAACAACAACAACAACAACAACAACAACAACAACAACAACAGCAACAGCAACAAUAAUAAUAAUAACAAUAACAACAACAACAAUAAUAAUAACAACGGUAUUCAAAAGUCCAAUUCUUAUCAAACAAAGUGCCCGAUUAAUUUAACGAAACAAGAGAAACAGAUCAACGAGAACGCCCUCCAAUCAUAUAGAGUCCAUUAUCUUGGCCAACAACAGAGACAACAUCCUGUCGGUCAUCAUGGCGCCUGUGAUAAGAAUGGGAACAACUUGCUAAUGAUCGUACCAGCUGUAUCGUUAAACGAAUUGUCGGCCUCUUCGGUUGAUAAACACAUGGAUUCCUCGAAUGUUAUUUCUCAAGGUCACCAUCAUUCGGUUAAUCAUUCUUUAGGCUCUAAUCUGAUUCGUUCUUCGUUAUCUUGUUCGUCGUCAUCAUCAUCAUCAUCAUCAUCAUCAUCAUCAUCAUCAUCAUCGUCCUCGUCAUCCUCGUCGUCGUCGUCAUCGUCGUCGUCGUCAUCAUCGUCGUCAUCGUCGUCGUCGUCGUCAUCGUCGUUGUCGUCGUCUUCAUCGACCGUUUCCAACAGAGUCAAUAAUUUUUCAAAAUCUCAACAAAUCAAUUACAACGUAUCCUCUACGAAUGGCUCCUUAGUAACUAAUGGAAAUAGUUCGAGUGUUGGACAAAAGAGAUUAUUUAAAGUCGAGAGACAAGACGACGAACAAUCUGGCAUUGGUAGAGAGUGUAGAUCGUCGUCAAUCACCGAACCUCCAAUUCAAGUGCGGAAGAGAGUUAAGGUUACUUUUGCCAAAGAUACAACGGGAAAUUUUCGGCAGGAUUUUAGACACGUCGAAAGAAAGUGAACAUUGAAAAGAAGAGAAUCAAGCAAGAUCUGAGGAUUGGAUUGGAAAAAAUUUUGGCGACUUUCUGUCUUACGUAUUUGAGAUAUUCCUAUUACUGUGUGACUGCUUUAUUAUUACUAUUAUUAUUUUUUUUUUAUUUUUUUUUUUUUAUAUAAUUAUAUUUUUUUAAAAGUAAUUCGUUCAAUAAAAGUUCAUUGUUUUUACGAGACAGAAAGCUUAAGUGUUUUCUUGAAUGUAAAUAAAAAAAAGACAAUAUUAUGUGAUUUCAAACGAAAAUGUAGAGAGAAAAGAAACAUUCAUGAAUCAUUGUUUCACAAAAACUUUAUUUAUUUAUUUGUUUAUUUAUUUAUUUAUUUAUUUAUUUAUUUAUUUAUUUAUUUAUGUUCGUUUAUCAUGACACUUUUGUACAUCCUGUGCUUGUAGCUUAUUUUAAACCGGUGCAGUGACUUUUUAAUUGUUACAAUAUAUAAACGAUCGAUCGAUCACGCACGUGCGCGCGUGAGAGAGAGAGAGAAAGAGAAAGAGAGAGAAAGAAAGAGAGAGAGAGAGAGAGAGAGAGAGAGAGAGAGAGAGA